CAAGUCCCGGCCCAUAAUUGGGGCUCUUAAGUGUGACUGCAAUACAAUUAACAUUUCAGCUGAACGUGCAGAGGGAGACCUGACACAGAUGCUUUCCCAGGUGAUGAUGGGCAGGAAGAAUCAUGGAUUACUAUGGGAAGUACGCAGCGGUCACUCUAGUCAUGUUGUCCGUGUUUCUGCAUAUUCUUCAUUCUUUUCCAGAUGGAGAGUUCCUCACACAGGGUUGUCCAGAAUGCAAGCUAGGGGAGAACAGGUUCUUCUCAAAGCCAGGAGCUCCCAUUUACCAGUGCACAGGAUGUUGUUUCUCCAGGGCUUAUCCCACUCCCAUGAGAUCAAAGAAGACAAUGCUCGUUCCAAAGAACAUUACAUCAGAGGCAACAUGCUGUGUAGCAAAAGCCUUUACAAAGAUUACCCUUAAGGACAACGUGAAGAUAGAGAACCACACAGACUGUCAUUGCAGUACCUGCUACUAUCAUAAAUCUUAAAGCCUGUCCCAUCGGUAGUGACCACGGAUGACAAUGAAUGGAAUUGUUUGUUUUUCAGCUUUUAUAGCACCUCUAUUUAAAAUAUUAGGUUUUCUGAUCAGGGCAUUUUAGUGUAUGAUCUGAUGAGAUGUACAGCAGUUUGUCUCCUCUUUACUUCAUCACGUAUCUAACCAAGUUUAAUUAUUUCCA